AUGAUCUCUCCCUCGCACAUCAUCGGGGCACUCGUCCGUCGAGGGCUGGAGACUGCCCCCCAGCAUCUGGCUAAGCGGGAGGAUGUCAAACGUGUGGUCUUCUCUCUACCUUUUGCAGCCUUUACCGUUCUCACUCUGAUCUUCAUCGUGGGACUCAUCGCUAUCGACUAUACAUAUGGCCGUGUUGUGACUACGCUGACGAUCAUCGAGGAUCCCAACCCGGCGGCGGCUGCGUCUCUGCCCAGUUACAGCGACGUGGUCGAGGACGGUCCAAAAGGCGCCACUAUCGAUAAGAAGCAGCAGCAGCAGCCCCUUGGUCAGCCUGAAAUUGAGGCACUUCCCACGGCCUAUAAACCCAUCACCAGCGGGCUCCGCUCGACGACCAAACAUCUGCGUACUCGCGGUGGCCCCCGGGCCCGAUUCCGUGGGUUUACUUACUAUGUAGCCCUGACUCUUACCCGCGGUCUCUUGACAGGUUUGAUUGGCUUUAUGGGGGCUGUUGCUCCAGUCAUUGCAGAUGUUGCCGUUUCGACCAUGAUUCUCGCCUGGAUCCACGCCGUUAUCGCUGCACCCAGCUCCAAGUCCUGGUGCCAACGCUUCCCAUCAAUCCGUAAGAAUUGGAUCAAGAUGGCACCAGCCGUUUUCAUCUCGACAGUAGCCUCGCAGCUGAGCUUCCACGUUCCGGUUGCUAUUGGAGUGAUGUUCGGUGGUUUCCGUUACGACGGGCGUGGCAUGUACUCUCUUGCUGAGCCCCGUCCCAUCUACUUUGCGCAUGCCGGCGGCGCCGUGGUUCUGUCACUGAUCUUGGGCCUGGUGCUUGACCUCCCUGCUUCUGUGAUGAUGGUCCGGGUUGCAGCCUCUCUGUUGCCCGCGGACGACGAGACCAUCGUCCCCUUCGACCGAACCUUUAACGGCAAGGUGACUUCUGUGGACGCUGAUGGUGCCGGCCUCGUUGGCAUCCUCGAUGCCUGGAAGACCUUCAGCUGGGCCUCCUUCCGACGCCUGCUCAUGAAUCUAGUCAAGACUUGUGGCCUGAUCGCGGCUGCAUGUCUGGUUUAUGGUAUCGUUGGCGGCGUCGGGUUCGCCCUGUUCGCACCUGACGGUCCCAAGGCCUUCAUUGCUUCUAUGGGCCCUGCAGUCUGA